AUGGAUGCACAACUGCCAAACAAUAAGGACGAAGUCAGACGGAUCAGGUAUAGAGCCGCCAGAUACUUAUUGUACGACGGUUUGCUUUACCGACGAGGCUAUUUGACACCUCUACAGCGGUGCCUGGAUGAUGACGAAGCCCAGAAGGUCCUCCGAGAAAUCCAUGAAGGAGUCUGCGGUAAUCAUACUGGGGGACAGUCUUUAGCUCUUAAGGUCUUGAGGUUCAAGGUUCCCCACUCAAUAGUAUCUGACAAUGGAAAACAAUUCGACAAUGCCUCAACACGCAGAUUCUGCGACAACCUGGGCAUUCAAAAAGACUUCUCGGCGCUGAUCCAUCCACAAUCUAACGGACAAGUCGAGGCAAUCAACAAAAUAUUGAAGUAUACCCUAAAAAAGAGACUCGACGAUCUAAAAGGGAAAUGGGCCAAAGAACUCCCCAAGGUCUUAUGGGCGUACCGAACGACGAGCUGA